GCAACAUAUUUUCACACACUUGUUCUCAGCCCAACGGUUCUUUUUGUCACGUCCCACACCCCUCUUUUCCUGUCUAUCUAUAAGCAUAGCAACAAGAAAUAGCUAUAUAAUUUGUAUUAGCAGCAGCAACAACUCAACAUGGACGAGUCCAAAGUAUCGAAAGAUCUCGUGGCCCAGCUUCCCCACGAGAUCUUUGGCAAGAUUAUCGUUGAAUUACCAGUGGACGCUUUGUGCGAAUGCUCCAUGGUUAACCACAUUUGGCGCGACACAAUCCUCGACUAUUCUUCACCGUGGCAUACCAUCCAAAUUACUCAAGAAACGAAUCCGUUACUGUUCGGCAUCUUGCCAAAAGUCUGUCAGUACGUCCGACGCCUGGAAGUAUUACGGCUAAAGCACGGUGUAUCAGAGAAAGUUGCCGGUUUAAUAUCGCAAAAUAAUUUUGAUCGCUUGCAAGUGCUGAAUUUCCGAGCAUUGGCUUAUGAGCAAUUAUUCUUUUUACGCGCACUAUCCGUUUCCCCGGAUACAACUUCUAAACUGUGUUGCGCAUUAUUAAGUAUCAAGAGUACACUACGAGAAUUGACCCUUCAACUUGCUGAAUAUCCUGGUGCUCCUUCGCUGUCCUGGGUACUGUCGUCCUGUCGAAACCUUAUUGCAUUACAAUACCACUCAUCAAACCGUGGGGCAUUUUCUGGGUUGUCAUCUUUACCGUUUACAACUACGUUGACAAAGCUCUCGCUACCAGAUUGUACGUACAUGGAUCCAUCUGAACUUUCGGCGUUACUACGAGUAUCACCCCAUCUUCGGCGCCUGAGGCUGGAUGGCUGUCAGUUCGAUCCAUUCAGCGCUGUCUCUGAAGCUUUGUGCAACCUCAAAUAUCUUGCUGUCAACUGCAACGGAACUAUAUACGGAAACCCGGGUGAUCGGAGGGAUGAUGCAUGCUGUUACAGAGAUGGAGGAGCGAAGAAACAAGAGAAAAGAAAAGAAGGGCUGUGCAGUCUUGCUCUUGGUGCAUUGGCCCCAACACGAUCGCUCGCAUCAUUCCUUGGCUAUCAUUGCAAAUCUAUCAACGCACUUUGUUUUUCCGUUAUACGUGACGAGAAUUAUCUCAUGUUAAAUGAUGUAGCAACAGCGUUACAGCUGCCCGUCAUGCACAAUUUGAGGACAAUACGGGUUCAAGAUUCUUCUGCUGUCCGACUAUGGAGAAAUAUGCCUGACAUCAUCCGAGCAUGUCCGAAUCUAACUGCUUUUGAGGUCGUGAAGGAUCGUAUUGUGCCAUACGAGGAGGAGGACGACGAUCUUGCUGGCCAAAUGGAUGGGAUUGUUGAAUCGAUAGUUGACAUGAACGCAUUUUCAAAGCUACGGAUAUCACGCUCGGAUCUGAACGCUACGGUGCCGAUGUGCUUACUUUAUGGCUACUCAAGAGCUGGUCCUGAAUGCGCAUUAGAUGAACUGGAAAUCUCACACUGCGAAACCGACGAUGUUAGCGUAAUGCUCCAAGUAGCAAAUAUCCAGAGCCUGAGAAACCUAAAGGUUCAUAAUGUGCAAAUGCCCGUCCCCGACACGCUUGAAUUCAUACAAGCCGUUGCAAACCUGCCACAACUUGAACAUCUGGAUAUCAAAGGGGACAACUUUUUUGUGGGGAACGAUGCCACGAUUCGUUGUAUUUGCCAGAGUACAAGCUUACGCUCGAUUCAUCUAGACGAUGAUGUGAAGCUCACAGUGGAGGAGAAGCAUAUGCUGCGUGAUCGCUUUGUUCAAGAAGAUCGAGUGACACGGGAUGCGACUUGGCUCGAAGAUUUUCUUUGAAUAUGUAGAUAGCUAUUAAUGCUAUGAUAAUAAUACCACUGUUAGUACUUGUAAAUAAUAAUAUCAAUAAUAGUUUAUCUUGUCAUAUCCA